AUGAGCGGCCCCUACCCGGAGGAGAGCUGCGCCGAGCGCCCCGAGUGCAAAAGUAAAUCGCCAACUUUGCUGUCCUCCUACUGCAUCGACAGCAUCCUGGGCCGGCGGAGCCCCUGCAAGGUGCGGCUGCUCGGCGCCGCGCCCAGCCUACCCGCCAUCGCCGCCCGCCCCGACACCGAUAAGGCCGCUCAAGGGUCCCCCAAAGGCAGUCCCCCCUUCGAACCGGCCGAGCUGCAUCUUCCUCCCAAACUGCGCCGCCUCUACGGGCCGGGCGGAGGCCGGCUGCUGCCGCCGGGUGCGGCGGGGCCGCGGGGCGACCGGCCGGAGGGGCGGCCGGAGGGGGGCGCCGGCCCGGUGCCCGCCGCUGCCCCCUGGGACACGCUGAAGAUCAGCCAGGCGCCCCAGGUCAGCAUCAGCCGCAGCAAGAGCUAUCGGGAAAACGCACCCUUCGUGGCCCCGCCGCCCGCCCGGGACGAGCUGGGCAGCCCUGCCGCGCACGUCGAGGAGCGGCCAGGCCCUGCCGCGCCGGCUGCCGAAGAAGAGGAGGAGGAGGAGGACGAAGAGAUGCUGGAGGAGGAGGACGAGGAGGAAGAAGAGCUGGAGGACGACGAGGAGGAGGAGCUGCUGGGUGAGGACGGCGGGGGGAUGCUGAAGGAGGCUCGCCGGGGCACCGCUGCGACACCCGGGGCAGAGGGUGGGGAUCUGUCCCCCAAAGAGGAGCUGCUGCUGCACCCUGAAGACGGCGAGGGCAAGGACGGCGAGGAGAGCGUCUGCCUCUCGGCCGGCAGCGACUCCGAGGAGGGGCUGCUCAAGAGGAAGCAGCGUCGCUACCGCACCACCUUCACCAGCUACCAGCUGGAGGAGCUGGAGAGGGCCUUCCAGAAAACCCACUACCCCGACGUCUUCACCAGGGAGGAGCUGGCCAUGAGGCUCGAUCUGACCGAAGCCCGAGUGCAGGUAUGGUUCCAGAACCGUAGGGCUAAGUGGCGGAAGAGGGAAAAGGCUGGGGCUCAGACACACCCCCCAGGUUUGCCUUUCCCUGGUCCCCUGUCAGCAACUCACCCCCUCAGUCCAUACCUUGAUGCUAGUCCUUUCCCUCCUCAUCACCCAGCUCUAGACUCCGCCUGGACCGCCGCCGCCGCCGCUGCGGCCGCCGCCGCCUUCCCCAGCCUGCCGCCGCCGCCCCCUGGCUCCGCGGCGCUGCCCCCCGGCGGGACCCCGCUCGGCCUCGGCACCUUCCUGGGCGCGGCCGUGUUCCGCCACCCCGCCUUCAUCAGUCCCGCUUUCGGCAGGCUGUUUUCCACCAUGGCCCCCCUGGGCAGCGCCUCCAGUGCGGCGGCCCUGCUGCGGCAGCCGGCGCCGGCCGCCGAGGGCGCGGUGGGCUCGGCGGGGCUGGGGGACCCGGCCAGCGCCGCCGCCGACCGGCGGGCCUCCAGCAUCGCCGCCCUGCGGCUGAAGGCCAAGGAGCACGCCGCGCAGCUCACCCAGCUCAACAUCCUCCCCGGCAACAGCACGGGGAAAGAGGUGUGCUAA